CAUAGAUAUUAGUUCCAUAAAUGUGCCAGAUCUUUUUCCUUCAAGAUUGCUCCCUUGGAAAAUGGUGAAAGUGUUGAAAAACGUAGAAUCUCAAAAUGUUACAGGAAGAUCCAAAUAUAAUGGCUUCUUCUCUGACUCAAACCAAAUUGUUCCACCAAGUUCCAUGCAACUCUGUUGGGUUGUUAUUGUGUUAUUUUCCUUUCAAACAAACAGACAGGGGUGAAAACAUGACCUCUGACCUCGGCAGAGGUAACAAUGGCAGACACAUCGAUGGAUUGCUUUCAAAUGACUUUACUCAUCCCUGAUUGGUUGUCCAAACUUUCUGACUAUGCCAAACACAUCUCUGUUUUUGUGUUGUUUCUGACAUUUUGUCAAGAUAUGUGGCUAUUUCAGUUAUGUCCAUUACAGAUUGACCAAUCGUCAAACCAGGAUACGUCUGAAAAGCCUCAAUCGCAGACUGUUUCUGUUGCUUCUCUCAUCUUCUCUCCCCUUUCCCCCCAAUUUCUCUCUGUCAACCUCUGUCCUAGAGUUGCCCCCUCCCUCGCUCUCUCUGACUCCUGACACCAGACAGAUGUUCAGUGGGGAGUGUUUCACUCUGCAGUGCCUCACAUCUCAGACUAACUCCUCAGGGUGGAAGCUGGUGCAUUUCUCUCCUGACCUAAAAGCAGGGACCUCAAACCUCACCGUUCACUAUUCAACGCCAGGAGAUGGCGACAUCAUUCUGAAGACCCAAGCCUCCCCUGUGUUUACGGAUGACGAUGUCACCUUGUGUUGUCAGCAUCAGAGCGGCAAACACAAACAAACCAGCUUCUUUAAAAACGGAGCAUUGAUUGACUCUAACAGUUCGUCCGGUUCAGACCGAGUCAUAAAGAUGACUCUUAAGAAUGUGACACGGGAAGAUGAAGGCUUCUACAGGUGUGCGUCCCACGACAGACAGCUGCAGAGUCCAGAGAGCUGGUUAUCAGUGAGACCGGACAGAGGAAACUUCACAUCAGAGGAGACUCCAGCCUCCACUGGUUCCUGGAAAUGGAUCAUUGCUUCAUGUGGGGUUCUACUUCUGAUCGUCAUUCCUUUGACUGUUUGGCUCGUUUGUCACUACAGGUACCAGAAGUUCUGCACUUGGAGCUGCUGGCCUGUUUCCAAACAGGAAGUUCCAGCAGGGGUGCUUCCUGCCACCAAGUUGGAUGUGACGGAGGUGCAGUGGGACCUGUCCUGGAUGGAGAUGUCCAACCAGUUGGAAAAGGAUUCUUAUUGUGGCACUUAAAGGGAAACGCUCUUCUGAAGCCCAGAGAAAGUAUUAACUAUUGGGUCAAACCUAUGAGAAAGCUCAGUCAGUGCUGCAAUUUGUAGUAUUUCAUGGUCACAUGUCAAAAUAGUGCUGCCUGAUAUAUUUUUGAAUUGAAUUAAAUGAGAUGUUUAGGAUUUAUAAGGAUGACUACAUUUGCUGAUGGUGCAGAUUUGAUAGCUUCCAAUACAAAUGUUAUUGUUUCAGUUGUCACAUUUGUCAAUGUCAAUACUUUUGCACAUUUAAACGUCUCUCCUUUGAGUACAUUUUGAAACUAAGAAUCGUAUUUGUUAUAUCUUAUUAUCUAAUCAUUAAUAUAAUUGACUGUUCUAAAUCAUUUUACAUGUAUCAUUUCUCCUGUGUUUGUUCGAGGUUCCAUGUUGUUUGCUCCCUUUGAAUCGUUAUUUGCUAUUUCUUGUCGUCUGAAGUUAUAAAAGUCAUGGAGAUCGU